AUGCUGAGUGGAGGCCGAAAGCGACUGGGAACGGCUGUCGUUGCCAAAUACGGUGUUGAGCUGCUGGGUGACCCGGAUGAAAGUGGUCCGGCGGCUCAGCUCCUUCAGCUUGCCGGCGCCCACGUAGGUGCAGGUGGAGCGGACCCCCCCCAGGAUGUCCCGGAUGGGUUAGGGGCGGCGUCCCACCUGGUGCAGAGCCAGGGCCAUCUCAAAGGUCCCCACAGUGUCCAUGUUGGCGGCGACGAUGGGGAUCCCCCGGUAGCUGCCCUUGGAGUUCCUGAAAGUGAAGCUCCUCAUCAGGUCCACCUGCAGGGCGAGAGAAAAUACAAACCAUGA